AUGGCCCCUCGUGAGGAGCUGAUAACCUCAGCUAUUACCUUCCUCCAAGACCCUUCGGUUGCUUCAUCGCCAAUUGAGAAGCGAGUUGCCUUUCUCCAAUCUAAGAACUUGACGCAAGAAGAGGUAGAUCUCGCCUUAUCGCGAGUCGGCGAAGACCCGUCUGCCGCAGCUGCGGCUACCGCUGCCUCGUCCCCAGCGCCCAAAUACUCCUCACAGCCUGUUCCUUAUCGGCAACCUCAACCGCCGCAAGGAUAUGGUUACCCUCCAUAUAAUCAAUGGCAGCCGCCUCCAGAGCCACCCAAAAGAGAUUGGCGUGACUGGUUUAUUAUGGCAACAGUGAUGGGUGGAGUUGGAUACGGGUUAUAUUUCGUCACAAAGCGUUAUAUCUCUCCCUUAAUCGCACCCCCAACCCCUCCCCAGUUGGAGCAAGAUAAGGAGAACAUUGAUGAGCAAUUCUCGCGAGCUUUCACCCUUAUCGAGCAAUUAUCGACCGACACCGCUGCUCUGAAAUCCGCCGAAGAAGCCCGUACCGAGCGCCUGGACGGAGCUCUUAAGGACGUGGAGAGCCUGGUCGCAGACCUCAAGAACUCAUCCCGUCGGAGAGAUGACGAGACUCGUCGCAUCAGCGAUGAAGUCAAGUCAUUGAAGGAUGCCAUCCCCAAGGCUCUUGAAGGAGCCCGGGAAGGCAACGAGAACCGACUGAAGGAGCUUGGCACUGAGCUCAAGAGCUUGAAGACCUUGCUUGGUAACCGUCUCGGUGGAAGUGGAGCCAGCCCUGUGGCCGGCCGAACCGUUGGAUCCACCAACAUUCCCAGCCCUACUCGCCCAGCACCUGAAGAAAGCUCACCUGCUCCCGCCCCAGCUGCUACCAACGGAUUGGCUGCCACAGUGGCUCCGGCCGAGCAAGAACCCACCCAGGCCGCAUCUCCCGCAACCACGAGCCAAACCGCCCCCAACCCUCUCUCGCAGCUUGGUCGCUCCGCCUCCAUUCCUGCCUGGCAGAUGGCCGCGGCGGCCAAUCGGUCCAAGGCCAACUCGCAAUCAAGCGCCCCUGGGACGCCUACAGCUGGCACCGAUGCCCCGGCCAGCCCCGGCCAAGAGCAAACUGCCCCUCCUAGCUAG